AGGGGGAAAAACAAGUGUGGAGCCAAGGAACAGGUCUGACCUCUGUUACAGGAACUGUAAAGUGGGGCUGUCAACUGCAACAUGAACACCAGUCAUCUGGGAACAAACUUUAGCCUUGCCUCCAACAGGGAAAACACGGUGUUCAAUAUGUCAACCAGCACUAUCACCCCCACCAUCUCCUCGCAUUCUGUUGAUAACCAUGACCCAGAAUUCACUAUGAUGGUGGUGCUGGGUUUAUCGCUGCUGCUGGCAGGGUUGGCCAUCUUCUUGGCAGUGUGCCGACGCUUUAGAGAAGACGGGGAAUGUGAAGCGGGCUGUGGCUCAGGAGAGACUCUGAAACAUGAAAGGACCCAGUCUAGCGAACCGCAACUCAAAGUGUGGAAGAGGCUGGGCUCCUAUCGACGCUCCUACAAUAUGUCCUUCAGAAGACCCCCUCAUCGAAGGCCACAUGAGCACGGGAACACACGUGCUUCCCAUUCUCCAGGCACACGGACAGCGCAGACGGGGGUCAACACGGAGCUGCACCUUACUACGCCUUGUCUGUAUGACUACGUCACUGAGAUCUAGCAAGACCACGAGCCAAGGACUGAGUGAAGGACAGACACUGCUAGUCAUUAAUACCAAACAUGAAAGUUUUGAAUUUGAAAUCUUUGAACGUCUUAGAAAUUUCAGAAAGUGGAAAUACUUCGGAGAGCAUUUUUCCUGCACAUUCAGUUGUUUCGUAAUGAGUGAAAUGAGCGCAAGUCAAUCUGAACAAUCUGCUUUUCCAACUUAAUUACCGUAUUUUCCGGACUAUAAGGCGCACCUUCAAUGAAUGGCCCAUUUUAAAGCUUUGUCCUUACAUAAGGCGCACCGGACUAUAAGGCGCACUAAUGCAUCCAAAUCAAAUCAUUCUCCAUUUCAUCUUUUUUAUUUCAAUUCCAGACGCAACAAAUUACUUUAUAAUCACAAAGUAAUGAUCCAUAGUCUUUUUGAUUCAUGAUUUAUAGUCUUCAGCGGGCCACUUAUGAUUGAUUUUAUGACACAAUGCUUCGGGCCAGUUUAAAUUUAGGAAUUUGGUCCAUAUAUAAAGCGGACCGGACUAUAAGGCGCACUGUCGGCUUUUGAGGUUUUUAGGUUCGCCUUAUAGUCCGGAAAAUACGGUAGGUCAAAAAUAUUCCUGAUUCCACUCGAAAUUUACAUUAAGCAACACUGAAAUCUCA